CAGGCUGUGGAGACAGGCGGUGGAAGAACGGGGGCGAGGAGAGGCAGAGCUGGUCUGGGGGUCUCAGCCCAACCCAACCCCUAGCUCUGAGCCUGAGGUCACCAGCUUCCCAGGGCUUGCCUUACAGCCACGGAGCAGGCUGGCCUUUGGCCAGCUGACCAUCCCCGGGCCAGGAGCAGGGGCUGGACGAGGAGCUGCGCUAAGAAGCUGCUUAUAUAAGCACUUCUACUUUGCAGCCUGCUCUCUGCCCUGGCAGCCAGGACAAGAGUGACAACAAAGCUGUGUCCUGCUAGGGGAGGGGCCUCGGCCAGGACUGCACACUGAGUCCAACUUGGAGGAGGCCCAGGUCCUCCCAAGGUACUCAUGUCCGGGUGGUGGAUCAGAUUCACUGCAGAGCCCUGGAAGCUGCUUGCCUUUCACCCUGUGCUUAACCAGAGGUACCCAUGGGUUGGGCAAUGAGGCUGGCCACAGCAGCACUGUUACUGGUUCUCGUCGCAGUGGUCACUGGAGAUGAGAACAAGAAUGACUUGUGUGCCCACACGGCCCUCUUGGACGAGGACGCUGUCCUGUGCCAGGGCCUUGAAGUAUUCUACCCAGAGUUGGGGAGCAUUGGCUGCAUGAUAGUUCCUGAUUGUAAUGACUACAGACAGAAGAUCACCUCCUGGAAGGAGCCGAUAGUCAAGUUCCCACAGGCUGUGGAUGGUGCAACCUAUGUCCUGGUGAUGGUGGAUCCAGAUGCCCCUAGCAGAGCAGAACCCAGACAGAGAUUCUGGAGACACUGGCUGGUAACAGAUAUCAAGGGCACUGACCUGAAGAAAGGGAAGAUUAAGGGCCAGGAGUUAUCAGCCUACCAGGCUCCCUCCCCACCAGCACACAGCGGCUUCCAUCGCUACCAGUUCUUCAUCUACCUUCAGGAAGGAAAAGUCAUCUCUCUCCUUCCCAAGGAAAACAAAACUCGAGGCUCUUGGAAAAUGGACAGAUUUCUGAACCGCUUCCACCUGAGCGAACCUGAAGCAAGCACCCAGUUCAUGACCCAGAACUACCAGGACUCGCCAACCCUCCAGGCUCCCAGAGGAGGGGCCAGCGAGCCCAAGCACAAACGCAAGUGGAGAUAGCUGCCUGCUAAAUGGCAGGCUUCGCUGUCCAGUUGCGUGUCACACUGCCCACCACCGACAGUGUGGGUACGGAACCCCCUCUGGGUGCGGAACCCCUUCUCUUCCAAAUUAAAAAAAAAUCAUCCAGGGCUUGA